GAAGUAGGUUUGAACUUUGUUCCUUCUCUGUGUGACUGGCUCUCGGAUAAGUUCUCGUGCAAACCUUGGUGUCUCUGUGUUUGGCUUGCAAUGCCUUGGGCAAGACCUGGUUCAGGAACAGCUCCUCUCAAAUGGAUGGGGUUUAAAAACCCCCUCAGGCUGUGCUGCUAAGAGAGGUGUCCCUGAGACCAGUGCGGGUGUGUAAUAAGGACCAAACAGGGAAAGCCAGGCAUGGCUAAUGGAUCACAUGAGACCCCGGCUUCUCCUCUACCUCGGCUUCCCGGUGUCAACAGCCUCCAAAGAGGACACACCUGAAGUCUUCCCUUUUUUUUUUCCAUUCUCAGCCUUUCCUCUCCUCUGCCUGUCUUGGAGUUCUGCCAAAAUAUUAAGUGAUCGUGGGGCUGACUCUUGUACAGCAAAUGUUCAGUAAGAUGCCUUUACACUUCUCAUUUGGCUAAUCAUUUAAUUCCACGUACCAAGAAAAAGGAAAUGAAACACAAAAAGAAUUGAGCAAAACAGGAGUAUGCCAACGCAGACAGACUGAACAGCACCUUUCCUGGGGCUCUGAGAUCACACAGGGUUAAAGAGCGCAUCUGGGGCACACACCGCCCGGGACAGCGGGCGUAAGGGAGCUGCGAGGUCCCCGGAACAGGAGUGAAGAAAGGGAACAGGGGGACGGGCGCCGGGAACCGUGUAGCAGAAUGAAACAUGACUGACGACUCCCAGAGAAACUUCCGUUCAGUAUAUUAUGAAAAAGUGGGGUUUCGUGGAGUUGAAGAAAAGAAAUCAUUAGAAAUUCUCCUCAAAGAUGACCGUCUGGACAUCGAGAAACUCUGUACUUUCAGUCAGAGGUUCCCGCUCCCGUCCCUGUACCGGGCGUUGGUCUGGAAGGUGCUCCUAGGAAUCCUGCCUCCGCACCACGAGUCCCACGCCCGGGUGAUGGCCUACCGCAAGGAGCAGUACUCGGACGUCCUCCACGCCCUGGACGUCAUCCGCUUCGUCAGUGACGCCACGCCCCAGGUCGAGGUCUUUCUCUACAUGCAUCGGCUGGAGUCUGGGAAGCUGCCCCGAAGUCCGUCCUUUCCACUGGAGCCGGAAGAUGAAGUCUUUCUUGCCAUUGCCAAGGCCAUGGAGGAGAUGGUGGAGGACAGUGUCGACUGUUACUGGAUCACGCGAUGCUUCGUGAACCAGUUAGAUAGCAAGUACCGGGACUUUCUGCCCCAGCUGCCGAAGGCAUUUGAACAGUACUUGAAUCUAGAAGACAGCAGGCUGCUGAGCCAUCUGAAGGCGUGCUCUGCAGUGUCCAGACUGCCCUAUGAUCUCUGGUUCAAGAGGUGCUUUGCCGGGUGCUUGCCGGAACCCAGUUUACAGAGGGUUUGGGAUAAAGUUGUCAGUGGAUCCUGUAAGAUACUAGUUUUUGUGGCUGUGGAAAUUCUCUUAACCUUUAAAAUAAAAGUAAUGGCCCUGAACAGUGCAGAGAAGAUAACGAAGUUUCUGGAAAAUAUUCCCCAGGACAGCUCGGAUGCCAUUGUGAGCAAGGCCAUCGACUUAUGGCACAAACACUGCGGGACCCCUGUCCAUUCCGCCUGAACACUGUGACACUGUGGACAGUCGGCCAGGCCUGCCCAGAGCAUUCUGUGCUUGCGAUGUGAUCCCAGCUGAUGAGAGGAGAGGGCUCCGGCCUCGGUGCUCAAAGUGUAAUUGUCUUUCCAGUAAAGUGGUUGAAGACAUCUGGAGUCGCUGUGCUGUGAAGUGGCAUCUUUAGGUUACACAGUACAGUGUUCAGCCCGGAAGAGCAUUUUGAAAGGGUCGUUUGAAAAUAGCUCCCGGCUUUUAAGGUGGUUGCGUCGGGGUGGGUGGUGCCUCCGACAGCAGGUGUAACCGAGCCUGCCUGCCUCUCUGAUCAGCACCACGCUGGUUACUUUCCGAGGUCUGUUUCUGGAAAGAAGAACAAUUUCCUUUUGUUGACAACUCAUGAUUUGGCUUUUGUCGGUGUGGUAGCUGUUGAAAUCGGACUUUCUAGGUCUUGUGAAAACCUAAAUCUGCUUUCUGAGACUUCAUCUUGCUAAAUAGGUUUAAAUAAAGGCCUUACUUUUUUUCCCCCUUCUUA